GAGGUUAUUGAGCCCACCCGCAUGUGGUGGAGAUACCGUAAAUCCCCAAACGAAGAGCCAUGGGCCAAGAAAACAGGACAAUGACUCUCAAACACCAGAACAGAUACUCCUAUCAGUGCCCAGUCUACUAGGUAUGAAAAUGUGGAAGCGGGCGAAAAUGAUGUGUAUAUAAUCCCAUUGCAAUGCCCUUAUGCAAGGUACUAACAUCUACACCACUCACCCUCUCUAUCUUUCUCAACGCCUCAAGCCACAAGCUCAAGUCAUUACACAUUCAAAAUGAAGUUCACUCUGGCUACUCUCCUUACCAUCGUCGCCGGGGUUUCUGCCGCAUCCGUCGAUAUCGGCCUUAUUUCGAGGCAGGAUAACUGCGCUUCCAAGGGCGCCAACUGCGGUGACGUUGGCGAUCGUGCAUGCUGCAGUGGUACAACUUGCCAAACUACUCGGGCACCCGUUGGCGGCGUCGGAAUGAUCUGCACCUAGAUGAUUACACAAAGUUCUAGAGACACGGCCAUGGCGCAACGGUCAACAUACUGCCUCGAAUACCUAAGGGGUCACUGUACCAUAUAUUGUACUACAAGACAUCAUAAGUGUUGAGCGCUCUUGAUGUUUCACUGUUGUCAGUGUAGAUUGAGGCGGCCACGGGCCACCUCUAUUCCAAGC